UUUGGCUUUGUUCUCUUGAGUUAUGUAUAACGGGUCAUUUCAUUGUCUCGGAGAUGAAACCGACUCUAUUGUCAGGGUAACUGCCUAAUUUCUGACACCAAUAUGACACUCACAGGUUUCGUUCUAUGGACAUUUGUACAAGGGCAUUUCCAUCGAAAAGGACCCAUGACCUCCAACAUGUUAAGUUCAAAGGAGCAUAUCAAAUUCGGUGUCAAAGGAAAAGCUAAGGUCUAUAUUUUUGGGAAAUGGAGGCAUAGGUACAUUUUAAAAUAAUUUUACAUCUUAAAAAUUACACAAAAGACUUAGAUUUCUUAAUAAACAUGGAAAAUGGGUCUUGCAAAACAUCCACCAGAAAUGGCCUCAAAACUUAUCAGAAAUGCAUAGAAACACAAUGUUGAAGUAAAGACCCCUGCCAGCUAAUAUCAACACUUAUAUUUAGUUUUGGAGAAAUUGUUUACCUUUAAGUUGAAGAGAAAUUUCCUCGUGCUUUGUAAUUCUGUCACCAAAAACCCAUGCGUCUAAGUAAUUUUAUAAUUUCUUUCCCUUAUGAGGGAGGAUAAUGAAAGUUCACACAAGUAAUGGUAGACCUGCCAAUAAGUUUGUGAUUUUGCUGAUAUUUCUUUGAAUUAUUAAGUGAUUCAAAUUUGUAUUUCCUGGAAUUACGCAAAAAUCAGUAACGGAAUGAUUGCAACUGAAUUGGCUACAAUGGGGAAACCAUAAUAGUCAGAAAUCACAGAUGGGAAUAUGGCAUACUGUUAUGUUCAGCUGAUAACUUUUCUUUCUGUUGUCUGGCAUUUAAACCAAGUCUGGACAACCUUUAUCUCACUCUCCAGUUAAUGUCUUACUGACACCUACCCGUGAUCCCCCUCUUUCCAUUUACUGUAACCAGCAUCCUCACCCACUGAGCACUGACUGACACCGGACGUCCAUGGACAUCGAAAUUUGGUACAAAGUUCUACAAGAUAAGGAGUUAAAAAACGUAGCGGGGCAGAGUGAUGCUGCUAAGCGGCUUGAGCUUCAGGAGCAGAUAGAGGAGCUGAGAGCCGAACUCAACCACCUGGACUCUCAAAUCAAUGGGACUGAAGCACAGCUAGCUACUGAAGAAGAGUCCAUUAACUGGAGCUGGGGAAUGGUGGAGGAGAACCAACGCAGGGAGCUGCUUUUACAGGCCUUUAAGCAACGCUGCAUGAAGGAGCGCCACGUUCUCUCAGAGGAUACCCGCAAGAUCAGUGGACGCUCCCAGGUUCUGGAGCAGCUGUCUAGGAAGGCAGAGCUGGAGGUGGUGUUUGGAAAUGAAGCCUCCAAUAGCAGUGGCGACUAUCUCAACCCAACAGGAGCAGAGCCUCAGGUUCUGCGUAAUGUGAGAGAGCUGUGUGAUGAAAGACUCCUCUUCUUCCAGUCUUUACAAGAGAGUGAGCUGAAAACGGUGUCCUCCACUGCCACACACUUGACUCGUGAACAGAGAACUGCAUUAUUUCAGCAUUGGUUAAGUGCUGUAGAGGACUUGUUGCGAUGCUAUCCUCCAAACCAAGUGCUGUCAGCCUUGCAGUACCUGGCCUUAGGACAGGAAAUUACAUUGGAGGAGAAGCUUGCCUCAUUGGAUGUGGCUCAUGAUGUUGCUGCAUUACGGUUUCGCUACGAGAGUAAUCACCUGUUAGACAUCUCGAAAGAAGAGGAAGAGUUACCACCCGUUAAGAGUCUUUUACAGUCAGCCUGGGAGGAGGUGGAACAGAGUCUGAUGGAACUGGCUCAAACGCGUUCACAAAUUCAACAGCUGAAGACCCAGCUUCAUGCCCGAAAGAAUGAGGCAGAGUUGGAGCUGCUUGCCGGGGAAUCUCAAACCCAAGCCCUGGCACAGUCAGUGUUUGAGCUGGAGAUGCAGUGUGUGAUGCAGGCAGCAGUGCGAGAUGGUGUGAGAAACCAGUGUGUUAAAAUGGAGCAACAUGCCAGGGACAGACAGGAGGCCCUUCGCAAUCUGCGGAGCCAAUGGCAGAGCAUCACGGACUUCAGACGGCUUGUGGACGUCAGGCAGGAACAGACUAGAGGUCUGAUCAAGGGGAAUUCGACAGCUAAGACUGAACUGACUCGCGUGCACAAGGAGAUUGGCCAGUUUGUCCAGGGAAAACUGACUCCCCAGUUUGGUGAAGUUCUUUCAGCAGCCAAUAGGCUUCGCAACUCUGUGUCCCAGGAGGCCAGACAGUUUGGAAACGUGUCACUAGUAACACUUGAUCGCAGACUCAUUGAAGGCGAGCAGAGAAUUCCAGCUGCGUGGUUGUCUAUCCAUCGCUUGCAUUCCUCACCCUUCCACAAUCUGUGUCAAAGCAUGGCUUUUCCAAUGUACAGGGCCCCUGAGGAACUGUACUCACAAGCUCUAUCCCAGCAUUUGGAGCUUCGCUUUCUGCGUCGUUUGCGGCAAUUUCACUCCUCCUCUUUAGCAAAUGUAGAGAAGCAAGGAGCGCUGCUGCCUGCACCUGACCAACAAGCCCUCCUGCUACGUGUCCUGGAGGAAGACAAGGAGCUGCUUCAGUCUUUGUUACCCAGGGUUUGGGAGCUCACCCAGUGGUGCUCACAGGGCCUUUCUUACGGGAAUCAAGUUAAGACUGCCAUUUCCUAUUGGUGGGAUCAGCCUGCUCAGUUUGCUCUGCCUGACAUACGCAAGGGGGGACUGACUUUUCAGCAGUGGCUACAGAGGUGGAAAUUUGCAGCCAAGGCUUCUUAAUGAGUUCCAUGGAAAAUAGACAAGUGCAUAGAUGGACAACAAUACUUGUCUAAAACUACAAUUUUAUUCCCUCUAAGGUUAAUUUACUAUAUUGUUCGAUUUUCACAUCUCAUUUUUGACAAACAUGCCAUUCAAUGUACACUACAUUGCCAAAAGUAUGUGGACGCCCUUUCAAAUUAGUGGAUACGGUUAUUUCAGGCACACUCGUUGCUGACGUGUAUGAAAUCGAGCACACAGCCAUGCAAUCUCCAUAGUCAAACAUUGGCAG